AGUGACUACAAACUUCGCCUUCCCAGCCUGCAAACAUGUCGGAGGGUUUUCUGGUGUUUGCGCUGGCUGUAGAGGUACUGCACCGCCUGGUUUUCCGUCACUUCGGCUUAAGCCAACAGAUCAGAGAAUCAAUGAAAGGAUGGACGGAGUCAGCUGGAGCCCCCCUAGAUCUCAGGAGUCGUUCAGCCGCUCCGCUUCGGCAGCAAACACACUCUCCAAGCUGGCCAGCUUCCUCGCCCGCGCUGACCCAAAGCAGCAGCAGCGGCAGCAGCCUGCUCAGCUGUACUUUUGUCAAGAGUGUGGAAAGGGUUUCUCGCACGCAGCGGGUCUGCUGCAGCAUCAGGAGUCGAAGCACACGCUACCUAAGCCCCACCGCUGUCCGUCGUGUGGGCAGGAAUUCUCCCUGAGGUCCUCUCUGCAGCUGCAUCAGUGCAGCCGCAGCUCCACCUGCUGUGAACGUUGUAGUGCCUCCCCUCAGCUCGGUUCUCUGUGCCAUGCAUGCACAACUUGGACUGUGAACCGGAACAGGCUGCCGGACAAAGCGCUCCACCGGCAGCCCGACCUGCUGGACAGCACGCCGUACGCUUGUGCACCCUGUGGGAGAGGCUUCAGCCAGAAGCAGGCGCUGCUGCACCAUCAGCAGGCCGGCUGCAGCGAGCCGUCAUCACCAUCAAACGUGGUUGAUGCCAGCAGCCUUCCGGAUGACUCUCCACCAGCUUCUGAGGGGGGCUCCAGUCGCUCCGAUUACUCAGACACACCGGGGCCAAGCAGCAGAGAUGUUAUCGCCUGCAGCUUCUGUUCCAGAACAUUCCGCUCUGAGGCUGCGAUGCGGCGCCACAAAGAGAACAACCACGCAGACCAGGAUCAGAGGAGAUUAAGGAGUAGAGCUGCUAAAGAGUCCAAGGGUCUCAUCGUUUCUAGAGAAUCGCAGCUGAGACCCAGAGAGAAGCUGCUGAGCUGCCGUUCUUGUGACAGGGUUUUCAGGAGCACCUCCAAACUGUACGUGCACAGAAAAGAGAAGCACAGCAGAGAGAAAACCGCCCAGAAAGAGCAGAGGCCAGCCAUCAGCAAGCGCCGGAAACCGGACACGUAUCCCUGUCAGAUCUGCAACAAAGUUUUCUUCCAGCAUGUGUCAUUGCGCGCUCAUUACAGGCAGCAUGCGGCAAAACGAGGCUCGGCGCCCGCUCAGGCCUCCAAAGAGCGAAAGCCUUUAGAAGACAAACCAAACGCAAUAAAGCCCAGCCUCCUGGACCGUAGGACGGUCAGAGCCGGCGCUGGACGGCCCGUGCAGGAGCCCACGGCGACCGUCUCUGAGCUGCAGGUACAGGUGUGUGCAGCGGAGCAGGAGGAAGGGGAGUUCCCCUGCCCCUCCUGUGCCGAGGUGUUCUCCCUGCAGCGGCAGCUGAAAGAGCACGUGAAGCUGCACCAGUCCUCCGUUAGGAGGCGCCAGUGCAGCGUGUGCACCAACAACAUGGACACCUGCAAGGGGCCGGGCUCCAAGAGGCACAGGCUGUACCACUGCGUGCCCUGCCAGCAGGGCUUCUCCGUGCUGGAGUGCUUCCUCCAACACUGUCAGGAGCACCUGCGGGUCCGGGUGGAGGAGGACCGAGAGUCGGAGGCGCUGGCACAGCAGGCCAGCAAAGCCUGAUGGGAAACAGAAUGUGUCCAACAGCUGCCUUUUUUUUUUUGCUUUAUCAUCUUCAGGGUUGAAGAGAACAUUUGAUUUUUUGUUUACUCAUCAAAGUGCGAUGCCUUCUGCUUUCUGUUUGUUAAUAAAGUUGUUACAAUUUGAAUCAA